UAAUUUUAGAAAGUAAAAUUUAAAUAAAACAUGAUUAAAUAAAAACAUGAUUAAAUAUAAAGAUUACACAUAAAAGUUUAUAAGAUGUAACGGUAGUUAAACACACGGUCAAAGCAGAGGAAAAGACUUUAGUAUUAUUAUUGACAUUUUUAUACUUAAUGUAAAUAGCUUUUAUCAGUCAAUCAGCCGAACACAUGCAACGGGUUUCAAACCAAAUCAUUAGAUGAAGCAAAUAACAUCUAUAGCCUUUCAACUCUAGUAUAAGUUCUUUUUUCUAUAGUUAAAAAUUAAUUAUCCUAACUGAAACGGUCUAUGAUUCUAAGAUCUUUGUGUUUUAAGUUCUUAAUCUGAAGAUGUGUUUUGUCCAGGAAACUGAAUGUUAACCAAAAAUUGAAUAAAAUCGUAUAAUAUUAUUUUGCAAACUUGUUCUUUCUUUGUUGUCAAGAUUUACAUUAUAUAUAUUGGUUAAGUUUUACUAAACCAGCAGUUGUGUAUUUGUGUUGGACAUCCAGAAAAGAUCAGUAACAUUCAAAACCAAACUCAAAACAUCAUCUGCCCAAUAACCUGUUGCCACCUGUCUUAAGGAUCAAGUCCUUGAACCUCUUACGGACGGACUGAUCCGAUAAAAUCCUUACAUUAUUUGCUUUUUAUAAUAUAAAUCUAUUCAACUCAGCAUAUGGUGGCACGCUAAGGAUCAGGGUUGGACUUCCGUUGCACUUGCUCUAAGAUGUGACGUUGACUCUCGACAGCUCACAGAAACGCACUACAGCAUGCUCAUCCUACGGCGUAUGAAGAUCCCAUGACAAUCGUGCGGUUCAUAUUCUUCCACGAAAAACAAUCGAACUUUCAUCUCAUUCCCGGCGAUUUAAGCGCUAGGCGUUAUCCCUUUAGUCCUUGUGGGUUUAACUUUAACACCUGCCGGAAACCAUCCGGUGCUUCCUCCGGUUUAAUACUGACUAUGUUUAACGUCAAGUGGCGGGUGGCGCUUAGAGUUUUAUGUUUCUACACAUGUGUGGCCAUGUGACAUUGGUCUGUAAUUUCCAUUGCGAACGAUCUAGUUUAUCUCACGCCGCGAAACAAUUAUUUUAUAGGACCCGGCCCACAUAAUAUCUUCGAAUUAUUAAAAAAAAAAGAAUCAUAUGAACUUUCUUCCGGAUCCAUUGUGCUUAUACUUUGGAGGAUCUAUGAAAUUAUAGAAACCUUUGCAGAAAUCAUAUCGAGAACUUUUAUAAAUUAUUAAUGUUGGGACUUUAAAAUUUUAUUAAUUUAUAGAAAUAUUAAUUUUAAAAAGUUUUUUUUUUAGAUUUGUUUCUAUUUUUAAAUAUUUUUAUUAAUAAAAUAUUUGAUUUUACCGUAUAUAAAUUAUUUAUAUUAUAGAAAAUUGACUUUCAUAUUAUUUUAUUAUCUUAUUUGGUGUAUAUUGUUAUGUUUCACAAAAUUGUUAUGUGGUUUUCUAUAUAAUUUUACUAAAUAUUAUUAAAAUAUGUUAAAAUAUUAAAAAAAAUAAAAGUAUUUUCAUUGUCAAUAUAAAACCAACAAUAUAAUGUUUAGUUUGUAUUUAUAUAAAAUAUAUAUAGAGAUAUAUUAUUAAUUUAUGAUUUUAGUGGGACUAUAUAUUUACAUAAGAGUUUUAAAAAUAUUAUUAUCUUAUUAUUUUAUCGAUUUGUGUCUUAUGUUGGCACCGACGAAAUUUAUUAAUUUAUAGAAAUUAUUAAUCUCUCGAGUAUUAAUUGAUAGAAGUUUUACUGUAAUGAUUUCCAACUUAAUUUGUAUCCUUCUUAAUUGAUAUCUAGCAGAUCCUUCUAUUAUAUAAGAGAAAUUGCAUUAAAUUUCUUUUCAAUCUUAUAUUUAAAUUAAUCAUCAGAUAUUAAAGAAAUCUCAUUCUCAUAAAUUAAUUAGUGUUUUGUUAAAUUGUAUAUCCAUUUUGCCAAUCUAGCAAAACUGACACAUUUAAAGUUUAUUAUAUGUGUUCUUUAAUUAGAAAGCUUUUAUCUUUUAUCUACAAUCUUAAUUGUUUAUUUUCUAACCUUUUAAAAUUAUUUAAAAACACACGUGUCAUAAUUUGAUUCUAAUAACUAAAUUAUAUAUAUAUGGUCUCUUAAUGUAAUAUAUAUUGACAAAUCUAAAAGUUAAUGAAAAAUAAAUUUUAAAACCCAAAAAUCACAGUAACAUAAUUGCUCUUAUAUUUUGUUUUUAAAACAUAAUUGCUAUCAAAACUAAUGUAAUCUCUUCUAGAGAUUUAGUUUCCAUCUAGGCUUAAAACAUAAGACAUAUCAAUGUAUGUUUUCUAAUAUAAAUACUCACAUGAGUUUAAUAAUGAUCAUCAGUUAACAACAACCGACCCUAGACUCUUUUCAGGACAAUAACACCAAAACCCAAAACGAAAUCUCAACACCAUUCACGGUAUGGAACUACCCCAUGGCUUAAUUAGAGAUAUCCUCGAGAAACUACCGGUGAAAUCUCUGUUAAGAUUCAAAUCCGUGUCAACGCAAUGGAAAUCUACGAUUGAAUCUGCAUAUUUUAAGAAAAAACAGUUGUUAUAUAGUCAACUACAAGAUCCAGAUAUCCUUAUCACCAAUCGCUGUGAAGGUGUAGAUAAAGAACAUGUAACAAGGAUGUUCACGAUAGGUUCGUCGGAUUUGAUCAAACUGCCUAAUGUUUGCCCUGUGCCUAUGCCAAUUCCCUUGGAGAACAAAAAAUCAUCGAUUUGUUAUACCUAUUCCGUUUGUGGUUGUGACGGUAUGAUAUGCUAUUACAAUUACUUCACUUGUAUAUAUCUAGUCAAUCCUAAUACUAGAUGGUUACGAAGUGUUCCUCAAGCGGGGCAUCAAGAAGCUGCUCUCAAGGUGAUGAAUAAAAUACAUGGAACCUGGACGGAAGAUAACGAUGGCAUUUUAUGUAAUCUAGGAUUUGGCAAAGACAAGUUCACAGGCAGAUACAAAUUGGUUUGGUUAUAUAAUUCAUUUGAGUUUACUCUAAGUAACACUACAGUUUGUGAAGUUUAUGAUUUUAAUAACACCAACACUUGGAGGUAUGUGACUGCUUCUCCUGUCCGUAUUUUUGAUGAACAAGCUCCAGUACACUUAGAUGGAUCACUUUACUGGUUCACUGAUGAGUAUAUCACAGACACAAAAGUAUUAUCUUUCGAUAUCCAUACAGAAAAAUUUCACAUGAUCGCAGAAGCUCCAUUUUUCGAAGUAGGUGAGAAGGAAAUCAUCAUGUGCACUCUGAAUAACCGUCUAUGCGUCUCGCAGAAAGAGUGGCCAAAACAAGAGAUUUGGUCACUAAAUAAUUCAGAUAUGACUUGGGAGAAAAUAUAUUCGUUAGAUCUACAAACUGAUUAUGAUUGGUUUACGGAUUAUCUGCCACCACCAUGCACUUAUUCGCCAGACGUUGUUCCAUGUGCCAUUCCUGUCGCGGUUUUGAAGAACAAGAAGAAAACACUAGUGCUUUAUUAUCCUCGUGCGAAGAAUCCGAAUCUUUUAAUGUACGAUCCUGAAUCAAGAUCAUAUGAUUUAUGUUUCGUACGUGAUUACAUAGUACAUUCUUGCGAGAGUUCAUUUUCUUGUUUCCCAAGUUUGAUGUCAAUUGUAUAAGAAAAUGUUUACUUUUGCAUAUAUUAUAGUUUAGUAUUAGAGACUAAAUCUCCUACAUCGGUAGUUGAAAAAAUUCUUAAGUAAUAUAUAAUAUAGAUAAGCCAAUCUAUUUAUUAUCAGUUGGUUUUAUGUUGAAAACUUAUCUACUUUAAAAUGGUAUCAAAUAAUUCAUACAGUUUAAUUUGAUCUAACAUCGAUCAGGUCCAAAGUGGUUCAUCGAUCCAUGUCUAGAUAAUCCGAGAUUGACGCUUAAAAAACUAUCAUCCCGAAGAAGCGUUUUAAAGAUUAAGUCUCCAACACCGGUAGUUAGAAAAAAUCAUUAGUAAUAUAUAAGAUAGAUGAGUCAAUCAAUUUAUUACCAAUUGUUUCUAGCUUGAAAGCUCAUCUUUCUAACAUAAAAAAAAAUAUACAAGAGAAAAAUUAAUGCACAUUCCCAAAGAGAAAAAGGUUGUGAAUCUCUCCUAUCGUUCGCAAUUCACCUACUGGUCAUCCUCAACCUCGUAACACAUACCUAUCGCUUUGGUUUACACAUUUCCAUAGCUAAUUGGAACUAUCAAAUCUCGAUCACUUGCUUCUAUAUUGUACCGUCUCUAGUGCUCUGUUUUUUUUUCUUGGUAUCAAGCUGCCUAAUCCGAAUCUUGUAAUAUACGAUCUUGAAUUAAGAUCUUAUGAUGUAUGUUUCGUAGAAUUACAUUUCAAUGGAAUGCAUUUUCUUAUUUCCCAAGUUUGAUGUCAAUUAUAUUUUAAAAAUCAUUAGUUUUGAGAUAUAUUAUAGUUUUGUGUCCUAGUUGUUUGAUAAUAUUCAACUUAUUUGCCUUGCAAAAGCCAUGCUCUAUUUUUUAAUGCACAACCAAAAUUUCCAUGGGUAUAAAACCUUCUUAUCUUAAGAGUGUGAUAGCCUCUCCCUUCAUUUUGUGUGUGGAUGAAUGUCUUCCAACAGGGUCAACAAGCGUAGCUCUAACAAGACCGCUUCUCAAGUUAUAUCUCCCAAGAACGCUAUUGAUGUACGUACUACACUAACUUCCAUUUGUCAUCCGAAGGCUAUUUUCAGACAGUUUUAUGAAACAAGGAUUAUCAGAACACAACGGUUAACCAUGACUUGCAUUACACACACUGUGAUCAGCUUCUCCAGCAGCGCGCCAUGAAUCUAACGGCAGAGAACUUUAGUUACAUUGUCCAAAGCGGGGCGCCCUUUGCAAGGGAGUUUUGAGAGGAUGAUCUUAUACUUGAUAAGAUCGACGUCUAGCAGCUGGGUCAAACCGAUGGUGGAUUGGAGUUGAAGACUAAGGAGUUUCUUAAGCCAACGGUGAGUUAGAAGAGGCUUGAGAAGCUCAUGGUUAGUCUUCCUGAUCUUGAGAGUUUCAGGGUUAAGCAAUGUAAAUAGUUCUUUGGUGUCUAUUAACUCUUGAUUAUUGGUUUUAUUUUUCCAAUCCUUAUUUUUUUUCAUUAGUUUCUGUUCUGUAAUGACAUCUUCGAAAUGUGUUUAUCCUAAUGUGAAUGUCUUCUGUCCUACACAGUGCCAGUGACGUGCCGGCUCUUGCCGUUUGAACAAGGUACUUUUGCACAGAAUCUUAAAAAAAAAUUAGUUAGAUCUUGGGUCUUUUUCUUAGAUUUAGGGUCCUACAAAUGAUGUAAGAAAAGAAUACAAAUUAGAGUUAAUUGAUACUUGUUAUAAGUUUAUUACCAAUCAUCUUAUGAGUUUGUGUUAUUCUAAUGUGAAUGUAGUUCAUGCUAUCUAUGCUAAUAUUUCAUCUACGUAUAACCGAAUUAUUAAAAUGACUUAAUUUACCAAAUUAGUUUUGUUUCUGACACUAGCUGAAUAAAAUCUAUCGAAGUCUGUGAGAGAAUGUUUUAGCGUGGGUAUAACUCUAGAACAAAUUUAUUGGGAAGUGAACCCAAGGCUCAAGCCUCAAACCUCAACGUUCAGGAGGAGAUGGAGAGUAAGAGUCACGCGGUUCGAGGGAGAUAUAUAUUGCCAUGCAGAACAAAAAAAAGGUAAAGCAGAGAGGGAACAUGAUGGACCGGUCACGAUGCUUCGGCUGUCGUCCAACGACCAAAGCACCAAUUUUACCCACUUUUCCUAUUAUCAAUCUCUUUGAUCUUCUUUUUCCGUUCUUAAAUAAUCCUACUAAAUCAUUUGUAUGAUCAACGAUCCUAUUAUAAUCAUUAUGUAACGCCUCGAAAUUUGGUCUACAUAAUACUUUUGUCUCCUAAAUUCACUCCAUAUAUUCUACUCGGAUCAAUCUACACAGAAAUCAACGUUAUAAUCACUCUUAACGAGAGAUUAUUCGAUUCUUUAAAUUGAAUCAAUCUAUAAAAAAACACAAUGUGGUCAUUAUUUUAAGGGACAAAGGGUUAACUUUACAUAUAAUUAUAUAAACUUCAUUCAGUUUAUAACAUCGUUGUCAUGGAUUCAUAACAACAAUUUUAUGAGCAUCCAAAUUCAACGAGACUUAAGUUUAUUAAAUUGUUACAGUUGAUUUUCUGUUCUAUGGAAAUCACCUGUCAAGAAUAUACUUUUAUUUAUUACAUGGAAAUGAAGUAUUAGUCAAAUAAUCACGACUUAUAUAGACCAUGCUGAUAAAUUGAUAAUGAUCUAUAAAUCUCGCUCAGUCUAUUUGUGUGGAUCUAUCAAGCGAUGACCAUCACGAGGUAGAAGAUAAACCUUAUGCACUAAGAAAAUAUACUUUUAUAUGUAUGAAACUAUUGAUAAGAAAUUUAAACCCUAACUAAAGCAAGAAAACAAAAAGAAUCAUGUCAGUCCUACCCCAUAUGGUACACAAACCCUAAUAAUUACAUAUAUGACAACUAUUUUAUUAUACCUCAAUACAAAAUAUUAUACACACAUGCAGAUAUAUAUAUAAAGGUUCGUCCACUUUAAGUUUUAGCCAUCUUCAUCCUCACACUCAAUCUUCUCCUCUAUCCCUUCAUUCUCUUUGUUUUUUUUUCUUCUUCUCUUUGUUGUGAUCCCUUACUAGAUCUAGUUCUAAUAUCACCCACCAAGAAAAAGAGAAAAGAAAAAAAGGAAUCUAGCUUUACUUUUAAGAUUUUGAAGAAUAAAAUCAAAAGAGA